AUGCUGUGGACCACGGACGACCCGCCGCGUCUUGACAUGGACGACCCGCCGCGCCUUGAGUCGGGCGAAUCGCCGCGCUUUGCGACGGAAGAUCCUCCGCGCGUGGGAAUCUGGGCGAGAGGUCCUGAAUCUCACUCCCCCUCCGACUUGUCACCUCCGUCCUCGCCACCAGCGCCUGCACUCGCAGCCGCAACCGAGGCAGAUGUGGGAGCAGGGGCAGCGGCAGAGAGGCGGCAUGCAGCGCGAUUCCUAAGCGACGACCUGAUGGGCAUGGAGCAGCUGGGGCGCGUGACUCGUGGCGGCUUCUACUUCUGCGACUUUGGCUGCUCCGACCCCGUAUCGUCUCUCUCCAAGGACGAGCGCCUGGUUAUCAGGCCGCUUCGGUUUCCCGCGGGCUUGCACACGCGUCUCGGGCAGCGGCUGUCGCGACAGCAUCAGCACGUGAGCGCGCUUCACAUGCCCGUGACUCUCGACAUAUCCUCGGAGUGGGCGUGGCAGCUUUCCGAUAUGAUGGCCUUCGCGCGCUCAUGCGUGAACCUGCGGUCGCUGCACCUUGUCUCUGAGCUGCCGAGAUACUGCUGGUGCCCGUUUCAUGAGGAGCUGACAAAGCCCAUGGAUUGGGAAUGGAAGAAGCACACUCAGGCGGAGCAGCUGAGGCAGCUUAUAUCGAGUUGUCCUCAUCUACACUCACUGCACUUCAUCCUCUGUAGUAAGAAUUACCUUACAAUCAGUGAAGAAGUAGCUGCCUUGCUCUCCCGUCUCGCCCACCUCUCCCUGCCUCUCUUCGAUCUCCCCUCUUACCUCUUUCCCCACCUCUCCUCCCUCCGCUCUCUCCGCCUCUCCCUCUCUGCUCCCCACCAUCCCCUCCUCCUCUCCGGUCGACCCUUCCAAUCUCUCUCCCUCCUCUCCCUCCUCCACCUCUCCCUUGGAUCACCCACCACCGGCCUUUCCGAGCCUCUCUCGCCGGACCUGUUUGCUGGGCUCGGACCAAGCCUGCGGUCCUUGACGUUCCUAGUGUGUGCGAAUCCGAGAGGGGUGGAGUGGGAGAGGAGGAAAAGGCGUGGUGGGAGGGCGGAGGGAGGAGGCGGUGGGGUGGAGGAGGGUGGGGAAUGGGUGGGGGAUGGGUGGGGUGGGGAGGACGAGGUGGUGUGCUGGCUGCCUGCCUCGCUGUGGUCGCUCACGCGCCUGCAGCACCUCACCACCAACGUGGGAGGCGGCUGGGACUGCACAGGACUCAACGCCCUCUUCCCCCCCCACGCCUCCCACCCUCUGGCUCCCUCCCCUUCGUGCUGCUGCUGCCCAUCCUCUUCCUCUGGCAACGACGAUUCUACACACCCGCACCAUUGUCAGUGCCUAGCCUCCCUUUGUAACCUAACCUCUCUCUCCCUCCUCGCUUACCGCACCUUCCCUCCCUGCCUCUUCUCCCUCUCCUCCCUCACUCUCCUCUCCAUCCCCCUCGCCUCUCCUCUCCAAUCCCCCACUUUUCUCACCCUCUUCGCCCACUGGCCCCGUUUGUCUCAUCUGCACGUGAAUGGUGAGGGUUCUGCCAAACCAACCUUCUGCCACAGCGAACCUGUAACUGGUCUCGCCGAACCUCCCUUGUGCCCCGAAGCAACCCCUUCGUCAGCCUCCCUCCGCCACGUCACUCUCACGGGGACAGCUGGCGUCAUCCCAUUGGUGGUGUGGGGGCGGCUGUGCCCUCAGCUGCAGUCGCUCAAGAUCCAAGGCUCGCCCCUCGUGGCUGUGCACGGGUGGGGGGAGGCAUCAUGGGAGGCAAAGGGGGAGGAUCUUGGGGAGGGGGAUGUGGAAAAGGGCGCAUGUGGUGAGGGGGAGGGCGCAUGUGAUGAAGGGGAGGUCGGAUGUGGUGUAGCAGAGAAGCUACCUGCGAGCAUCUUCCCUUUCCUUGAGGAGCUUGUGCUCCGCAAUGUGAGAAGCCAUGCACACAUGCACACAGGCCCACAGCAGCAACAGCAGCAGCGUACACUCGCAUUCAUGGGCCUCCUGCCCCGCCUAACCCACUUGGCCAUCCACAACACCCCAUGGCCGUCCCACCCCCACUUGCACGCACCCACCAUCCUCCCGCCCCUCCUCCCCAAACUCACCUUCCUGCGCAUCCACUCCCCCCCACGUGCGCCCCUCCCCGUGCUGCCACACCUGCGCACGCUCAUAGUGGGGUCCUACCCGCACUCCUCGCGUUUCCUCGCCUCGCUCGCCCUCUUCCCCUCCCUCACUUCCCUCCGCAUCUUCAACCUCUCCAUGCACAACUACCACUCCGCCCUCUCCUGCCCUCCCUCACUCAAAUCCCUCCAAAUCUGCCACUCCAACACUGCUUUCCUCCCCGACUCCCUCCGCCUCUUCUCCUCCCUCACUCGCCUCCACCUCUUCCAGUGUGUGCCGCUCAUCGCCCUCCCCUCCUUCCUCUCCUCCUUCUCCUCCCUCACCCACUUCUCCUUCGAUCGUGGCAACAAACCUGUUGUGGUGCCGGUGGGCCUCGAAGGGUAUCUGCAGGGGAGAGGCUGGGCGCGAAAGCAGGAGGAGGAGGAGGAGCGGAAGUGGCGGGGACAGGAGCACCAAGGGAGGAGACCGAAGACUCAGUGGGAAAUCGAGGAGGAGAGGAGGAGGAAGAUGAAAUGUCAGAGUGUGUUUGAGGGAUCAUUGUUGAGUGAGGAGCAGAAGGAGGAGCAGAGGGAGUGGUGGCGGCAGGUGGGGAGGGAAGAGGAAGGGGUGGGGGAGUCGAUUUGUCAGGGAGAUGGGGGGGACAAGCAGCAGCAGGCGCAGCAUCAGACGGAGCAGGGAGAUGAGUUGGUGCAAGGGGUACAGGAGGUGGAGAUGAGAGGCUCAUGCAAGGACGUGUCUGACAGCGAGCAUGUUUCGCACGACCAAUCGCUGUUAACACCACAGGAGGUACCAGCAGAGGAGGUACCAGCAGAGGAGGUACCAGCAGAGGUGUUACCAGCAGAGGUGUUACCAGCAGACGUGUUACCAGCAGAGGUGUUACCAGCAGAGGUGUUACCAGCAGAGGUGUUACCAGCAGAGGAGGUACCAGCAGAGGUGUUACCAGCAGAGGUGUUACCAGCAGAGGUGUUACCAGCAGAGGUGUUACCAGCAGAGGUGUUACCAGCAGAGGUGUUACCAGCAGAGGUGUUACCAGCAGAGGUGUUACCAGCAGAGGUGUUACCAGCAGAGGUGUUACCAGCAGAGGAGGUACCAGCAGAGGUGUUACCAGCAGAGGUGUUACCAGCAGAGGUGUUACCAGCAGAGGUGUUACCAGCAGAGGUGUUACCAGCAGAGGUGUUACCAGCAGAGGUGUUACCAGCAGAGGUGUUACCAGCAGAGGUGUUACCAGCAGAGGUGUUACCAGCAGAGGUGUUACCAGCAGAGGUGUUACAGCAUGGGCAGAACAGCAGCAGCAGCAGCAGCAGCAGCAGCAGCAUUGCCGGCAGCACGCAGCUGUUGCAGCUACCAUGGGAGGUGCUACAAGGCGUGUUGCAGCGGGUGCAGAGUCCAGUGGACGAGGCGAGAGUGAGACUGGUGUGGCGCGAGUGGCACCACUGGUGCCGCCUCCUCACCUCCUGCUUCGCCCUCGCCCUCCACCCCCUCACGCUCACCUGGCUGCCCAUCCCCCUGCUCCACCCCCCUCUCUCCUCCUCCUCCUCUUCUCUCUUCUCCUCUUCGUGGCUCCCCUCCCACUCUCCGUUCUGGGUCAUCCACUCCUCCCCCACCUCCCCCUUCUCCCUGCUCCCCUCCUCCCACCCUCCCUUCACCCUCCCCCCUCCCAUCACCCCCUCCUCCCUCUCCACCUGCUUCACCCACCAGCUGGCCACCUCCCGCUCCACUUCUCCGAGGCUCUCCCCUUUAUGGUUCGCCUCUCUCCCCUCCCCCUCCUCCCUCACCCACACCCUCGCCCACUACCCCAACCUCUCUACGCUCGCCCUUCCCCUCGUCUCCACCACGGCCUGCCCCCUCCGCCCCUCCCAUCUGGGGUCUCUGCUUACUGCUGCUGCCGCUCACCCUGCUCUCACCUCCCUCUCCUUGCUCCUAGAGCCCGGCUUCUCAGCCAACUGCGAGAGGGGCUAUGGGCAGGAUGACUGGUUUGAGGCUGCUGGGGUGGAGAAAAAGGUCCAGCGAUUGUUUGGCCAUGGGCGGGAGGAAUGGUGGGCGGCUGCUGGGAUGGAGAAAAAGGUGCGGCGAUGGUGGGGAGAGGCGAACGAGGAGAUGGAGAGGUGGCUGUUUGCCGUGCUGAAGAGAUGCCGGGGACUCAAGCAGCUGCACAUUCAAGGGGAGAACCUCUCAGACAGACUCAAACUCCCCCACUCUCUCUUCCUCCGCUGCCCACAACUCACAGCCCUCUCCCUCCCUCUCUACCGCCUCCCCUCCUCCCUCCUCCUCCUCUCACACCUCACCUCCCUGGCCCUCGCCCUCCCAGAAGACCCCAUGCCUGACUGCCUAUCCCUCCCGGCCCCCUUCUCCCACCUCCGCUCCCUCCACUCCCUCUCCCUGCAUGUGCCUAAGACCCUCAGCCUCUACUACCAGCUCCCUGAGGACGGCAGCAGCUGGACCAGCGUCUCGGAGGAGCUGCUGCUGGGUCUGCCCUCCUGCCUCUCCGCCCUCUCCCUGCACCUCCCCACCACCGGCAUGCCCUCUUCCUUCUCCUGCCUCACUUCCCUCACUCGCCUCGACACUAACCUGCGUAUUCCGGGACUGGAUGACGCGGAGCCAGGGGUGGGAGCGGAGGAGGAAGAGGAGGAGGAGGAAGUGGAGGAGGAGGUAGGAGCAAAGGAAGAAAGCAAUGAGGAGGAGGAGCAAAGCAACCGGCUUGCCAAUGCACGCGCUGACUCACGACUCACUGAUGAGAGAUUGCUGCCUCUCUGCAACCUCACCUCCCUCUCUCUCUCCCACUACCUAUUCUUCCCUCCUCUCAUUCGCCACCUCACCCGCCUCACCUCCCUCUCUCUCCCAUCCCUCCACUGGGCAUACGAGUACGGAGUCAACAACACCCCGCCCUGCUCCCUCUACCACGGCCUCUCUCGUCUCACUCGCCUGCACCACCUCUUCCUCGCUUGCGACAGCUUAGCCUGCCUGCCCUGCCUGCCCCGUCUGCGUCGCCUGUGCGUGCGAUGCACAGAAGAUACCGUGCACAUCGCUCGGCUCAUCGCGCACGUGGCACCAUCCCUGGAGCAGCUUAACGUCCGAGCCGACUACGGCAUUUGCAUCUCGGCAGACCUUUCUGGCAGCAACCUCAACGGCGCAGCAACGGCGGUGGCCUGGCGCGGCAGCAACGGCGGUGAAUGGAGGGCGCCUGUGUUUCACAAGCUCAAGGUGCUGCAGCUGGUGACGUCAAGCCCUGGUGUGGAUAUGUCGCUCUUCCCUGCCCUGGAGCACAUGACACUCUCUGGCAGCCGAUAUGUGUCCUUGAAUGUGGAUACUGAAUUCUCUCGUAGCCUCCGCUUCCUGCACUUGGACCAUGUAAACCUGUGGGGAUAUGACAGGGACCCUCAGCUGACGCAGCUCACAGCGCUCACCACUCUGGUGGUUGACAACGCUGACUGCCGGGACUUCCUUGCAUGCCUCUCCUGCUUCUCCUCUCUGCGCACCCUCUGCCUCUCCAACAUCACCAGAGGCUGCUCCGAGCCCUAUCUCACCUGCCCCCCUCUCCUCUCCACGCUUCAAAUCUGCCGCUGCGACCUGCCCCGACUCCCAUCCUCACUGGUGAAAUUCUCCCGCCUCACUCGUCUCGACCUUCUCCACUGGCGCCGCUUGCACUCUCUCCCGCCUUUCCUCUCCGCGUUCACGUCGCUCCGCCAUUUCAGAGUCACAUGCGAUGGCCCCAUGCCCCAUGUGCCGGCGUGCCUGAAAGAUUGUCUCAGAGGCAAAGAAUGGAACCCUCAACGCCUUCCACCACCACCACGCCCUCAUGCCUCCUCCCCUCAUGCCUCCUCCUCUCCCCAUGCCUCCUCCCCCCAUCCCUUCCCCUUCGCUUAUCCCUCCUCCUCCCAUCCCUCCUCCGCCAGUCAUCCUCCCAGGCCCUCCCAUUCCCCCACCCCCUCCCAUUCCCCUGCCCCCUCCCAUUCCCCCACCCCCUCCCAUUCCCCUGUCUCCUCCCAUUCCCCUGCCCCCUCCCAUUCCCCUGCCCCCUCCCAUUCCCCCAGCCCCCCCAGGCCACCGCCAGCAGCAGCACCGCCCAUGCCUCUGCAGCUGGUCACUCCUGCUGUGGCCUGUGGGUGA